AUGGCCGACAAAGAUCCCGAGUCCGCUUCUGAUCAGAAGGCCCAGACGAUGGCCAAGGAAGCGAAGGAUCUCCUCGAGAUGCACGCGGACAUGCUGAAGAAGGAGCCCGACAAGUCGUCUUCGACACUGGUCGCGCGCAAGCUGCGCAACGUCGCCCAUUUCUGCAAGGCCAUGAGGGACUGCGGCGACGACGAGGCCGCCCUGAACCACUUGUACAACUAA